AUGCCUACAGACGUAGAGAGCGAAGUCGUCGCCGUGGAACUACGGGUGCGAAAUCAAGAGCUACACGAUGCUGGUCUGGUCUGUGGUGGCGGCGACACGGAACCCAGGAGCUCGGUCGUCCAUCGUUUGAAGCCGGUCGACCGCGGGCGGGAUGCCUGGACAAUCCUGAUUGCGGGCUUCAUUUUCGAGGCUUUCUUCUGGGCCCACGCUGACCUGGUCAUCUUGAUUCAAGGCUUCCCCAUGUGCUUUGGAGUAUUCCAGAACUAUUACUCGCAUCUUCCCGAGUUCCAGCAGGACAGCGACAACAUCGCGCUCAUCGGCGUCCUGGCCCAGGGCCUGCCCUUUCUCGCGGCGCCGGUCUCUACGAUGCUCACCAAGCGCUUCCCGAGGUACCACCGGCAUCAGAUCUGGAUCGGCUGGCCCAUGCUGAUCCUGGGCCUCCUGGCCGCGUCGUUUGCCCAGUCGGUGGACGCGCUCAUCGGUACGCAGGGGGUCCUGUACGGCGUGGGCUUCGUCACGGUCACGUACCCCAUCGUCGGCAUGAUCAACGAGUGGUUCGUCGCGCGCAAGGGCAUGGCCUUUGGCGUCAUAUCGUCAGCCUCGGGCGCCACGGGCGCCGUGAUGCCGUUCGUCAUCGAGGCGCUGCUCGCGAGGUACGGCUACCGGACGACCCUCCGCGCCUGCGCCGUGGCCAUGACCGUCCUCACGGCGCCGCUGAUCCCACUGUUCAAGGACCGGCUGCCGGCCUCGGAGCAGGCGGUGCUGGCCAGGACCGACUGGUCCUUCCUCAGGAAGCCGCUGUUCUGGGUGUUUGCCUCUGCCAUCCUCAUCCAGGGUCUGGGCUUCUUCUUCCCCGUGGUCUUCCUCCCCUCCUACGCGUCGGCGCUCGGCCUGCCGUCGAUGCAGGGCGCUCUGCUCGUGGCGCUCAUGUGCAUAGCCCAGGUCCUCGGGCAGCUCUUCUUCGGCUACAUGUCGGACAGGCAGUCGGUCAGCUUCCUGGCCGUCGUCUGCUGCGUGGCGGCGUCGGCCGCGGCCUUCGUCUUCUGGGGCAUGGGCAAGUCGAUCGCGUUCCUGGCCGCCUUCAGCCUGGUCUACGGCUUCUUCGGCUUCGGCUUCGGCACCAUGCGCGUGGCCAUGGGCCGCGCCGUCAGCGACGACCCGGCCACCGUCUUCACCAUCUUCUCCAUCUACGUCUUCCUCAUGGGCGUCGGCAACGUGCUCGUCGGGCCGAUCAGCGCCGCCCUGCUGUCCCCGUCCAGGGGCGGCCUGGCGCGGUCGAGCUACGCGGCGGGCAAGUACGAGGGCACCGUCGUCCUGACGGGGGCCUCGUCGCUUGCCGCCGGGCUGGUCCUGGCGCUGUGGCAUGGGUACGACAAGGUCCUGCGAACCAAGUAG